UGUUGUCGAUUUGAUCAUAUUUGCAGAAUCCAAAACAACCCAUUUUUAGGUGAUACUUUGCUCGUCGGACCUGAUCGACGGAAAAGUAAGAAGAAGAAGCAAGAUGCGUAUUGUAAUUGGAGUUAUCACCAUAUUGCUCGUCCUACAAGUCUGCUUUACGUACGCCAAAGUUAUCAAGAAAGUAAAACAUGUAGGACAUCAUCAUCACAAGGCCAAGAGGGCAAUGGAAGCAUUCGACCUGACAAAUAAAGACGACUGCACUGACCACACAUACUGCAUAAAAUACUCACAAUUGGACUGUGCAACCUUUUUCGUGAAGACCAACUGCAAAUCCCUUUGUGGACUUUGUGGUCAGCGCAAGAUGAUAAAGCUGCCAAUGGUAGUGUAUUACAACAAACACAAGGCUGCGGCAAAGAAGCAUGUCGUACGUAGAGCAGCUAAUCCAACCUACCCUCCAACGACCACCCAGACACUCUUCGACUAUGUCGGCGGUUACAACAAAUGGAAUUUCCAGUUCACUGAUAAACAUCCCAUCCAAAUGGACUGGAGCAAACCACAACCCCCCUUAAAACCCGCUGACCAGACCUCCAAUCAAGCCGACACACAAAAUAGCCAACAAGCUGCAGCUGCUGCACCUGCCGCUGACCAGUCUUCUUAUCAAGCUGCGCCUGCACAGAACGACAACGUUGCUUCCUCAAGCUCCGCUCAAACAGCGUCUGCUUAUCCUGCGGCCCAGAAUGCAUUCCAGCCACAGGCCGCCUCUCCUGAACAGAACACAUAUCAGAAUCAACAACCUGUUGCUGCUGCUUCAACUGGUACCCAAGCUAAUGACGAUACAACUACAAUCAAGCUUCCAAACAGUGCACUUGAACGAGCUAAUCAAGGCAAAGAUGUUUACGUUGCUCUUGUUGACGAAAAAAAGCAGAACAAGCCCAGUUACACUCUUACUUCUGCACAAAAUGAUGCACCAAAAAAACAAGACGAUAACCCUAUUCAAAGCUUUAAUUAUGCUCCUGUAAAAGUACCAUGCCCUCCUGGCCAGGAAUGUAACUACAAGGGACCCAAUGCACCACAAGUGAACCAGACCUUUAUGGUAUACUGUGACGAUAGGUUUCCCAGUUGUGGAGUCCUUCAUUCUUCUUGUAACGAUUCCUGGCUUCAACUCUACUGCCCAAAGCGAUGCAACCUGUGUAGACCCGAGGACCAGCCCAUGCAACUCAACUCAACCCAGCAAGAUGCUUCUAUCACCAAUGACCAACAACAGCAACAGACCCAAUUUGGCAACAAGGUUUACCCAACCAAAAUAACCGAGCUCAAGGACGAAUCACCCAAGAUGGAGUCAGAACUAGUCGCCCCAGAGCCUGGACAAAAGGCAGAAAGAGCAAAGUAUACCCUUCAUGUUGUGCCUAAGUUGAAGGAUGGAAUACCACAGACUCAAGAGAUUCUUAUCAUGCCACCCAAUGCUAGUCCUGGUUCUGAUGUUAAACCUCUUGUCAUCUUGAAGCAGAGAGUCACCAAACCAAUGAUUGAAAACAUCGAAAUUGAUGUCCCACCAAAAGGAACCAAAUACAGCGACGAACCAAAAGUUGAAGUGAUCGAAGGAAACAAACACGAAUCUCUUAACGUUGUCGGAGGACAAGCUGAUUUGAGCCAAGCUGAGGCUGAAUUACAAGCAGACAAGACGCAGCAAUCCCAAGAUGCCACACCAACUCAAACUACUCCUGCCGAGACCACCGCGGCUAAUGCCACCGCACAGGGUAACUAUAACUGGACUACGACUCCCGCACCAGCUGCUGCAGUACCAGCUCAACAACCAGCUGCUCAGACCCAAGAAACACAGCCAGCUCAAAAUACCCAAAGCCAGUACUCCCAAACACAGACGUACCAAGAUACCCAGAACCAGGCCACCCAGAGCCAGGCUGCUCAGCCUGCACAGUCGUAUCAAGAUACUCAGGCCCAGGCUUCUCAGACUCAAGCCGCACAACCUGAGGCUACUCAAACCCAGGCUACUCAGGAUCAAGCUCAAUCACAAUCUGCUCAGCCACAGGCAACCCAGUCAUAUGCAGCGGCAACACCAGCUCCAACUUCAGCUCCUGCCACGGCCCAAGCCGCCGCUUACCCAGCACAACAGACUUACACUGCAGCUCAAGCAUGCUCUGAUGAUGCCAUCUGUGCUUCAUAUACCGAUACAAUGUGCAAUCAAACUUGGCUCCAGAAUCACUGCAAGAGCAAGUGCAAGCUUUAUUGCACAUCUUGGAUUCCAGAUUGUACUUCAUGGAUUCCAGAUUGUACUUCAUGGAUUCUAGAUUGCACACCCUGGAUUCCAGAUGCACAUCUAGGAUUCAGUUUCCAUAUCUUGGAUUCCAGAUUUUCUUCUACAGAUUUUCUCAAAAUGUUGCUCGGUGUUUUUGUUGUGUUGUGCCUUUCAUUUGUAGCAAAUGGACGAAAGUUUCACAAACAUGAGCGAUAUCAUCUAUACAAAAAGAACCACAUUAGCGGCGCACAUCGGUCUUUGGUUUUUGACAUCCCAGACCACGUGAACAAAGGUAAAAAGGGAUGCAAACAUGGUGGAAUUCUUAGGAAGCACGGAGAAGUGUGGUCUCCUGGUCCUUGUAUCCCAGAAUGUCACUGUAUCAACGGCGAGGUCACGUGCAGCAAACUUGAAUGCCCGGAUUUGAAUUGCGAAAGAACAAUAAAGAGGAAGUGGAAGUGUUGUCCGGAAUGUCCCCCUAUAACAGAACGAAACGGUGACAAAUGUGGAGUGAGAACCAUCGGUGGAAAUGCCAAUUCCUCUUGUUGCAACUUCCCAUUCAAGUACAACGGUGUUUUGUACUAUACAUGCACGUAUCAGAACCAUAACAAACCAUGGUGUGCUGUCACUGCUAACUUCGACCGCGAUGGUGUAUGGGGGUCGUGCGUGGACGAAAGGAAAACAAAAAAGAAAUUUCAUCCAGUGAACGGUAAAUUUCAGGACGACGUGACUAGUCACACAACAUCUUCUCUGGCAACAGGAACAGCUAAUCACAUCCCCAAAAUUUUACCAUCUCUCACUGUAAAUAGUGUCACACCAGACCAUCAUCCUAUGCCUCCGCUUGAUCCCAGCCUUCUCAAACAGUGGGCAGAUACUCCUCAAAACAAAGAGGGAAUCCUUCCUUACUCAGCCAUACAAGAACGAGUAUCAUCAAUCUGGAAAAAAAUUGGAUUUAAGAAGCGUGUGUACAAUAUGCUUUCUAAAGCUGGAGGUCAAACUGUCACCGUGGCACUUGCAAAUGGAGGGUUCCUUCCAAAAGCCAAGCAAUCGUACAUCAUUYCCAGUCAAUACUUGAGCCCACGACCAAUCAUACCGAAAGUCGCUAAUGUUGUAAAUGUUGGAAACGUAAAUUGUCAAAAUGCUAAUAAUGCUGUCGCGAUGUCACAAGCUAUAGUUACGUCCUACACUGCUGCGAUAGUGCCAACUAGAAGCACGCAGGUGACAAUGGUAUCAUCUCAGAUUGUAACUGGAGGAAAUGUUCAAGGAAGUGGUGGACAAAUUCUUCCUUCUAAGGUUACUGUGCCCCAGGUUACCUUGACGACAAAAGUCUCUGGUAAAGUUGCGACCACAAAACCGGUAACAACUAGUCAAGUGACCGGAAGUCCAGUCACUACAGUGAAGCCUACUACCUCUGGUCAAGGGAUUGGGAUUCAGGGUACGACAGCAAUGCCUACUACAGCUCCUAAAGCAAAUGAAAGCCAAGUUACGACUCCAAAACCGACUGGAAACGGGAAAACACUUUCGGAUGCAGUUCUUUCAAAUGUCCAGCCACCUUUAACAAAUGACUGGAAGAGCUCCUCUAAAGGUUUGUCAAGUCCUUCCGACAUACCUGCCAAUGUGACUUUACUUCAAACCCUACAAAAACAAGGACAAUUGGAUGCAUCUGCCAAAGUAGUUGCCCAGCAACAACCAUGGUCCCCGUAUGGUAGAAUAUCGUAUAGAGAACCAAUGAACUCGACUAAUCAGCAUGGAGGAAUGAACGUCUCAAUUCCAACACAAAACUUUACACCUAUGCCACCAUAUUGGAACAACGUGACUGCCCCACAGAUGCUAAACAAUGGUUCAUUUGGUUUUCCAAAUAUUAUACCCACAACUAUGCCACCUCCAUUUGUAUGGCCAAAUAUUACAGCCCCAACUCAGUCCACAAAAACUACUGCCAGCACCUUUGUCUGGCCAAACGCAACCGCUCCAACGAAGCCUCCAGUUGUUUGGCCCAAUAUGACUGCACCUCCUGUAAAUACGACUAUGGUACCACCAGUUUCUGGACAAAAUGCUUCAGCAAUAAACUGGCCAGUUUUUACUCUUCCUCCGCUGAUUCCAGUGAAUACAACAACGGCUCCAAGGGUCCAGGGAAACACAUUCCUUCCUCAGACCGGCGCUACAGGUGCUGCAGUUAACAACCAGACAGUAGGUGCAGCUCCUUCUGCAGCCAUAAACACAUCGCAGCUUGUACAACCAGUAAAUGUCAGCAACAACCAAGCAGCUAAACCGUACAGCAGUUCCAACUCCUAUAGCAGCUCCGAUCCUAAUAGCAGUUCAAACUCUUAUACAAGCUCUGAUCCUAACAGCAGUUCUAGCUCAUAUAGUAAUUCCAACACUUACAGCAGUUCCAGCACUUACAGCAGCUCCGAUCCUAAUAGCAGUUCCAACACUUACAGCAGCUCCAAUCCUAAUAGCAGUUCCAACACUUACAGCAGCUCCGAUCCUAAUAGCAGUUCCAACUCUUAUAGCAGCUCCGAUCCUAACAGCAGUUCCAACACUUACAGCAGCUCCGAUCCUAACAGCACUUCCAACACUUACAGCAGCUCCGAUCCUAACAGCACUUCCAACACUUACAGCAGCUCCGAUCCUAAUAGCAGUUCCAACACUUACAGCAGCUCCAAUCCGUACAGCAGUUCUUCCAGUUAUUCAGAUCCUUACCAACAGCAACAAGACCAAUCGACAAGUGAGAAAACAAAACAAAGUGAAGACAGCAGCAAGACCAAAGAAAAUGAAGAAAAGAAAGAAGACGACCCGUCGGCACAUUUGUAUGAAUACAUGACCGUGCAACCACCUGGAGAACCUGUGGUCCCCGCGGAUCCUUACGAGGCUCAGAGACGUAUUGCACAAGAAGCAAGAGAACUAGCAGAAUCAUAUAAUACUUACUUAAAGAAUUUCUAUGCCAGUCAUGGAUACAGUGGCUAAGAAGAAAGAAGCUCCAAAGACUAUAUUCAAAUAAAGCUGUUUGCUUAAUCGUUGCAAUAAUAAUCAGAAUAAACUAUUUCAAUCGACUUUCCAGCUGAAAUGUAUCAGCCUUAAAGCACGUGCAUGAAUAUAUAGAAUUUAGAAUUUAAAAAUCAAAGAAAAAAGGCCUUUUAGCUAAAAGAAAAGAAAAAAUGGCAAUCCCACAUGGUCUUAGCUUUAGUAAUAUAUGCCUUAAUGAUAUUUGAAUGAAGUUUUCGCGGGGCUUAAAUUGUGGACUGGUUUAAAAAAAAUUGCUUUGGAUUAUCAACAAGAUCUUUGGAAACUCUAAGGCGAGUUUUAAGAGAGAAAAAGCGGAUUUAGUAAUGUGGUCAUCAAAUUCAUGCAACCUUUCUAGCAAAAGUCAAAGUGUGGAGUAAAUUUUUUUCGUGUUACCAAUCAAGUUGGAAUAGAUUUAUUUCUUGUACGUGGUAGAAGCUAUCUCUACUCUUUGCAAAAAAAGAAAAAUGUAUAUCUUCCAGAAAUACGAGCGACAUUUUGGUCUGCAAUUUAUGAAGGCAAAAACAUGUUGCAGGACGAUGCAUGUGGUACAAAAUUUCUGCUGUACUACCGCACCUAAUUUUAUCUUUUACUUAUUUAUAGUUUAAUAAAUAUUAUUCAAAUUUUGUCACUUAACAAGAGAACGAGACGAACGGUGAGUUGUUUCUUGUUUUAUGGAUUAAGAGAAAUUGCGUUGUCUUCUAUCGUCUCGGUGGAUGUUUAUAAAAAGAUUUUUGCUUUCCUUUCAAUUUUUUUUUGUUCAGGGGUUUAGUUUAGCUCGUAAAUAUAUGACUUACCGUUCGUCUCGUUUCGAUGUUAAUCAUCAUAAUUUAUUCAUUAUGGCAGAGGAACUGUGAAAAAGAAAUUAUGCCAGCUAAAGUUAGUUUCUAAUAAUUUGUGAAAACACGAUACUCUUUUCUCUAUGUUAGAGCUCAAAUAAACAAAAUAUAAUGCAAA